AAUUAGUCUAACAGUUGUCUAACAGUUGAUUUCUUUCAUUGUUAUAUUAACGAUUGAGAACCGUGGGAUGUUUCAAUUUUUGCAGAAAUGUAAAUCCGUUAUGCUGUGUGAAAAGAAGAAAAAGACGCAGACAGCGAAUAUGACCAAAGGCGUCGAUAACGUUUUUUUCGUCUCUGAUAUGAACUUAGAUUGUCGUAGAACGACGUCAGAAGAUGGAAGGUCACAGACCUGUCAUACGAUUCAACGUGAACGUCGUGUCACGUUCGCUGAUAUUGAUGAGCUCCACAACAGGUUUGGAAUACCACUUCCGAUGAGGGACGUGGGCACACCAGAAUGCAAAGAGGAAAAAAGAAUACAGCUUACUACAGUCAGUUACAUCAACCGGAACUGCGCGAAGUUAAAGAAGCCUGCGGAAACCGUCCGUGACGAUAAAAGCAUGACAGACGGCUCCGUCAUCGGUAAUGUGAACGUCGUAGGAGCAUACGGGGGUGCCGUAAAGCGCCACAUUACGAAGGAUUACCUACACGAGGUCACGUUCGGUAAAAAGGGGUCAGAGGUUGGGGAGUUCCAGGACGCCACGUGCAUCACGUACGUUACCAGUGGACAUGUGCUAGUAACGGACAUGAUCAACGCGACAAUUCAAAUCUGCACACGUGACGGCGAUACGUCGGUUCUGUACAAGUCCGAGGAAAUAUGCGAACCGUGGGCAACCUGCCUUACGCAAAACGGGGACAUUGCGCUGACGUCACGUCGGCGUCGUCUGGUUCUGAUCAUGUCGAUUGACGGCGACAUCAAGUGGUCGUUCGGGGAGGGCUUUUUUCAGUCGCCUUCCGGUGUUUGCGUUGACAAUGCCGGACAUUUCAUCAUUACCGACGAAGUUGCUAAUCGCGUAACGAUGCACGACUGUAACGGACAAUUUAUCAAAUGCAUUGGCAACAGUAACAAUAAGGGACAACAAUUUAAUUCUCCACGGUACGUGUGCAUUUCUCCCAAAGGCAAUAUUUAUGUUUCGGACUCGGGAAACCAUUGCGUUAAAAUAUUUGACGAUAACGGGACCUAUAUCAGAUCAAUAGGAAAAUUCGGUAAAAGAGACGGAGAGUUGAAGAGCCCAUACGGCGUCUGCUCCGACACUCUUGGUCGUGUGAUAGUGGCGGACCACUACAACAGCCGCGUGUCAAUGUUCACGCCAGAUGGCGCAUUUGUGUGUCACGUGGUUGACGGAAGUGUCGGGGUGGUGCACCCCAAAGGUCUGACUCUCAGUCCGGACAUGUACCUCUACGUAUCCUCUGGCCAUUUGAAAGCGUGCGAGAUUAAGGUGUUCAAACUUCGGCAUCAAAGCCCCAAUAUAGUGACGUGUGUUUAGUUGUGAUCGACUUCAUAUGCCAAAAUUAUUUUAACAUAAGGUAAAUCUGCUUAAUCGUUGAAAUGUUAUUUGAAAUGAUCGUAGCAAUAAAUUUCACUCUGGACUGGAGAGGCUAAAUAACAAGUCGUGAUUGUUGAAUGUAUGUAUUUACCAUACACUUGGCUAAUUAAUUCGCAAUGGAAAAAUAAUAAAGUUUAAAUAAUGUCAAACAGAUAAUUAAAUUAGUUGAGUUGGCAUUUUGUGACUACCAAUACCUUUUACAUGAAUACCCCCUUUUAUAAGAAAACAUUGGAAAAAAACAUGCUCUCCUCUUCGUAAUGUGUCUAGUACUGAUUUAGUUAUGCCGAGUGAGUGACCACAUAGCUGGAGUGAACCCAAACACUGCGUUUUCAUCCGA